GAUAAACAGAACGAGUGCUGGUGGAAUAUGAUUUCAGAAGACAUAUAAAGAAAGAAAAUAACAUAUGGUGUAGUUUGUGAUGGUCAGAAGUUUAACUGGAUUAUUCUGAAAAGUGAUAGAAUUUUAAAAAUGUUUUUCAAGAGCAUCUGAAAUAAAAGAGCAAAAGUAUAAAGAGUAACAAGAACAAAAUUGAAAAAGAAAGAAAACAAAAACGAAAGAAACGAUAUGACUGCAAGUAAAGUUGGGUUGUACACUACAAAACAAAAGACAAAAGGAAGGCUAGCAGCCAAAGUAUGAGGUGAAAUAAUUUGAAAUGUUCAUGGCCUUUAGAAGACUACCACCCAUCGUAAAGCUCCGAAAGAAACGACUCUCUGAUCUGAUCUCGGGCUGAUCCAGCUUUUUAAUCUGUUUACAUUUUUCUAAUGAACCCCCGAAAUUACGAGCGAGGUCCGGCGUUUCUUUCGGAAAGUCGUUUGUUUCCUACUAGUAAGAGUCGUUACUUUCGGGAUUUGUUUCGGGAGAUAGUUCUACUUGUCCAAAUGUUGUCCAUUAAAACAUUUCAGUCUCAAGUGUAAUUUCCAUAGUGCUAGCCUUACAGUUUUCAUUUUCCGCCCGUGUCUCUGGGGGAUUAGGACGAGAAGUCGUCUGACUAGAGUUGCUGUAUUGUGUUAUAACAUGUCUUGAUUUGCAUAUAUUGGGUUCAUUCAUCUAUGCUGCCAUGACCGGAAACAAAGUCGCUUUAUGGUGCUGUUCCAAACAAACGUAAUACUCUAUUAAGAAAGAUUAAACAAGAUGAAGAUGAAACAUAUGAAGGAAUAUGUUUGGUUUGCGAAUAUCCCGGCAUGGACUUACAACUUCUAUAAUUGGGAUAAUGGUGUAAGUUGAAUUUACCAUGGUUGCAUUAGUUUGUGAAUAAAACCGGAAAGUGGAAUGUAAAUGAAAAAACCUCCAUUCAGAGGGAAUUGAUUUGUAAUUAAAUGUUAUUGUUUAUGAGCAACUGACUGUUGUCGUGGAGAACAAAGGUUGCGGUUUUUUCCUGUUUUAUUACAGCCACUUCACACAACAUUUGUGCCCGACAGGUUACCUACUUUUCGACUAUUCAAUCUGUUCGUUUGAUUUUGCCCCUCAAAAUCCGCACAUUUUCAAUGCAAUAAUGCAAGCGAUACAUAAAGCACCAAAGACAGCGUUAUUUGAAAGUAGGAAAUGGCACAAUUAUCACUUUAAUUAAUGACACAGCACUUGAAACGUCGUAAUCUAAUAUUCAUAAUGUGUCUUCACGUUGUCAGAGCGAAAUAAUUCAGUCAUAAACUGCAUUACUUUUUGGGCCAUGAACUGCGAUAACUGUUCUUCAAAGAAGAAAUUGCUUAUUAAACUGCAAUCAUAUCCAGCUCUAAGGUAAAGGUUUUGGGAAUGACAUUGCUCCAUGUAGCACUGAUGUAAUAUUCAUAGGAAGGGAGAGUCCCUUGCCCUGCCUCACUAAAACUUCCUGUCAUACAAUGACAGGCAAACCGCAGAGUCUGAUUUUGAACCAUGACUCAUUCAUCGAGUCUUAAAUAGUUCGUUGUAUGACAACAGCCGGGCAGGUGCACGCCGGAGUGUUCUCUCGCUGUGAUAAACUCCAAGAGAAGGACAUUACACUGAUCUUUACAGCUCAUUACUUUGGACGUCAGCCAGAUUCAUCUAGAAUAAACUCGAGCUUGGCUAACCUCCCCUUCAUGCCGAUCGUCUGUAAACUCUUACUUUUAAUAGAGUUGAUCUAGCUUGGUUUGCCUGUUUUGCCUUCGAUAGGAGCUGCCUGCAAGACCGUGUCAUGGCGGGGCUGCCUAACAGACCUCCGUCAGUGUGUGUUUUGUCACCACAAGAACUAUCUUACGCGAAAGUUGAUUUUGGUAAAAUUCACAUCCCCGCUAAUGCGCUGAUUAUUGCCGAACACGAGCAAAUAUUCCUAACAGUGGCGAGCAUGUUAAAAGAGCUGAAAGCAGUACUCAUUGGGGAUGCUGGUUAUGUUUACACUGGGAAAAUAGGCUGCCGGCUUGUUUUCUUACUCAAAUGUCGCGAUCGUGGACCAGGAGCAGUAAUUCAGACCAUAAAGACGCUAAAACCAAGGGCUGGCAUCUUCCUUGGGUUUGGUAAAUCUCUUGCGAGUAGGCCUUAUGAAAUCGGCGACGUGAUUAUCACAGAUGCGGUUUUACGAAAAGAUUGCCAACAAGGAAAACUUGAAAGUUACGCCUGCAGUGAAUGCUUGGUCAAUGUGUUUGAGAACGGCAAGUAUGGCUGGGUCCUUCCAAAGUACCGCAAACAAGCUGUCCAUGUUGGCAAAGUUCUUCAGAUGGGAAAUGUAACAAAAAAUGAAAAAACCAAGGCAGUAGCUGUAAAAACUACCAGCUUGGAUGUACCCGAAUGCAGUAAAGACCUUGGCAGAAAAUGGAUUUCAAUCGUAGGCGUCCUUGGUACCCCGCGUUACCAUGGCGACUCUUCUUGGGAACCCUAUGUAGCAGCAGUCCUGAGUUCACUCGUCAAUCAAGUCCUGCAAGACGAUCAAGUAUUUGCUAUCAUGGGAGGAGAGGCUAGGGGACCCAGGCAACAUAGUCCUGUCUUGAAUAACCCAAUGCAAGAGACAAUGGAUUGCUCAAUGAAGAUGGACGAAUAUAGUUCUCUAUAUGGUAGGAUAUUGACCCGUGGAAUGCUUAUUUACAUGUUAAUAGUUGGUUUUCACAUGACGUCACUAAAAUUCAAAUUACAAAACUGUUGAUCUUCCU